AUGGAUCGCGGUGAGAACUCCAAUCCCAUUGACAUCCACCUGAGCACAUUUGUGGACGGUGAGUAUACACGCACUCUUGUGGCCGCUACAAAAGGGGAUGUCUACAGCUUUGGGAUUGUCAAAUGCGCCACAGAUCUUCAAAGGGAGUUUGGUGGAUUGGAUAACUUACCUGUCAAACAACUCUAUACUACAGGAUGCCAACGAUCUUUGAUUGGGAAGGACAACAAUGCUGAGCUGCUUCAAUGCAUGAAGUUUGCCUGCUCUUGUGUGCUUUUUUCUCCAAUGGAAAGGCCUACAGUGUUAGAGGUUUACCAGCUUCUGAGAGCUGUUGGAGAGAAAUAUCAUUUCAGUGCAGCUGAUGAUGAAUUGACGAUGCAACCUCAAAAUGCCAAUCCUGAAGAUGAGCUUAUUGUAGCAAAGUAG